AUGGACACAAGCCAUUUAAGCAAGAUAUGGGCACAACACUUGGACACAACACAUGGACACAACACAUGGACACAACACAUGGACACAACACAUGGACACAACACAUGGACACAACACAUGGGCACAACACAUAGGCAAAACACAUGGACACAAGACAUGGACACAACACUUGGACAUAACACAUGGACACAACACAUGGACACAACACAUGGACACAACACAUGGGCACAACACAUGGACACAACACUUGGACAUAACACAUGGGCACAACACAUGGACACAACACAUGGACACAACACAUCGACACAACACAUGGGCACAACACAUGGACACAACACUUGGACAUAA